GAAAUAGAAACCAGAUGUCGGGGCGGAGCGAGGGAAUGCUUUCUCAGUGUACCCGGGAGAGCAGGACUGGAGUUUUCUCCUGUAUGGAAGCAUCGGCUGCCCUUUGAAAGACGACUUUGGAGGGGUUACUGGGAUUAAACAGAUGUCUUGGCUGAAGCUGAGCCGACUCUGGACUUCCCAUCAGCCAUGCUUCCGGAAGAACCUUUCCCGAGUGCAGAUCUGAUCAGUCAACCCUCUGCUAAAGCCCUGCCAUAACAUGACGCGCCCCCUGUGGUCCCUCCCACUCACCUCUCUGGUCUUGGGGCCCGGCUUCCCUUCUGGGACUGUCACCUAUAUGGUUUUCUAAGGAAGGAAGGAGCCCAACGUUCCUGCCUUUGGGGUCUUCGUGCCAUCCAUUUAGACAUGGUUUUGGAGCAUCUGAACUGUGUGUGCAGAUGGACUUUCUGGCCGUGACCAGCCAGUGGAGCUGCUGAAUCCUGCCCGGGUGAACCACAUGCCCAGCACGGUGGAUGUGGCCACGGCACUGCCUCUCCAAGUGGCCCCCUCGGCAGUACCCAUGGACCUCCGCCUGGACCACCAAUUCCCACUGCCUGUGGCGGAGCCCACCCUGCGGGAGCAGCAGCUACAACAGGAGCUCCUGGCCCUCAAGCAGAAGCAGCAGAUCCAGCGGCAGAUCCUCAUUGCUGAGUUCCAGAGGCAGCAUGAGCAGCUUUCCCGGCAGCACGAGGCCCAGCUGCAUGAGCACAUAAAGCAGCAGCAGGAGAUGCUGGCCAUGAAGCACCAGCAGGAGCUGCUGGAGCACCAGCGGAAGCUGGAGCGGCACCGCCAGGAGCAGGAGCUGGAGAAGCAGCACCGGGAGCAGAAGCUGCAGCAGCUCAAGAACAAAGAGAAGGGCAAAGAGAGUGCCGUGGCCAGCACAGAAGUGAAGAUGAAGCUGCAGGAGUUUGUCCUCAAUAAAAAGAAGGCGCUGGCCCACCGGAGCCUGAACCACUGCAUUUCCAGUGACCCUCGCUACUGGUACGGGAAAACGCAGCACAGCUCCCUUGACCAGAGCUCUCCGCCCCAGAGCGGGGUGUCGGCGUCCUACAACCACCCGGUCCUGGGAAUGUACGACACCAAAGAUGACUUCCCCCUGAGGAAGACAGCUUCUGAACCCAACCUGAAAUUACGGUCCAGGCUAAAGCAGAAAGUAGCGGAGAGGCGGAGCAGCCCCCUGUUACGCAGGAAGGAUGGGCCAGUGGUUACUGCUCUAAAAAAGCGCCCAUUGGAUGUCACAGACUCCUCAUGCAGCAGUGCCCCAGGCUCCGGGCCCAGCUCGCCCAACAACAGCUCUGGGAACGUCAGCACGGAGAACGGGAUCGCGCCCGCCGUCCCCAGCAUCCCGGCCGAGACCAGUUUGGCGCACAGACUCGUGGCACGAGAAGGCUCGGUCGCUCCACUCCCUCUCUACACAUCGCCAUCCUUGCCCAACAUCACUUUAGGACUUCCUGCCACCGGCCCUUCUGUGGGUGCAGCAGGCCAGCAGGACGCCGAGAGGCUCACUCUCCCAGCCCUGCAGCAGAGGAUCUCCCUCUUCCCCGGCACCCACCUCCCCCCCUACCUGGGCACUUCGCCCUUGGAGCGGGACGGCAGCACGGCUCACAACCCUCUUCUGCAGCACAUGGUCUUACUGGAGCAGCCGCCUGCACAGACACCCCUCGUCACAGGCCUGGGAGCACUGCCCCUCCACGCACAGCCCUUGGUCGGUGCGGACCGGGUGUCCCCAUCCAUCCACAAGCUGCGGCAGCACCGCCCGCUGGGGCGCACCCAGUCGGCACCGCUGCCCCAGAACGCGCAGGCCCUGCAGCACCUGGUGAUCCAGCAGCAGCACCAGCAGUUUCUGGAGAAGCACAAACAGCAGUUCCAGCAGCAGCAGCUGCACAUGAACAAGAUUAUCCCCAAACCCAGCGAGCCUGCCCGGCAGCCCGAGAGCCACCCCGAGGAGACAGAAGAAGAGCUACGUGAGCACCAGGCCUUGCUGAACGAGCCAUACCUGGACCGGCUGCCGGGGCAGAAGGAGGUGCACGUGCUGGCUGGCGUGCAGGUGAAGCAGGAGCCCAUCGACAGUGACGAGGAGGAGGUGGAACCUCCGCGGGAGGUGGAGCCCGGCCAGCGCCAGCCCACUGAACAGGAGCUGCUCUUCAGACAGCAAGCCCUCCUCCUGGAGCAGCAGCGGAUUCACCAGCUGAGGAACUACCAGGCGUCCAUGGAGGCUGCCGGCAUCCCCGUGUCCUUUGGUGGCCACAGGCCUCUAUCCCGGGCACAGUCCUCCCCAGCCUCUGCCACCUUCCCUGUGUCUGUACAGGAGUCCCCCAGCAAGCCAAGGUUCACAACAGGCCUCGUGUACGACACGCUGAUGCUGAAGCACCAGUGCACCUGCGGGAACACUAACAGCCACCCCGAGCAUGCUGGGAGAAUCCAGAGCAUCUGGUCCCGCCUGCAGGAGACUGGCCUCCGCGGCAAGUGUGAGUGCAUCCGUGGACGGAAGGCCACCCUGGAGGAGCUGCAGACAGUGCAUUCAGAGGCCCACACCCUCCUCUAUGGCACAAACCCCCUCAACAGGCAGAAACUGGACAGUAAGAAACUUCUAGGCUCACUGACCUCGGUGUUUGUCAGGCUCCCUUGCGGUGGCAUUGGGGUGGACAGCGACACCAUCUGGAACGAGGUGCACUCGUCGGGGGCGGCCCGGCUGGCCGUGGGCUGUGUGGUGGAGCUGGUCUUCAAGGUGGCCACAGGGGAGCUGAAGAAUGGCUUUGCUGUGGUCCGCCCCCCAGGACACCAUGCCGAGGAGAGCACACCCAUGGGCUUUUGCUACUUCAAUUCUGUGGCUGUUGCUGCCAGGCUUCUCCAGCAGAGGUUGAACGUGAGCAAGAUCCUCAUAGUGGACUGGGAUGUGCACCAUGGAAAUGGGACCCAGCAGGCGUUCUACAGUGAUCCCAGCGUCCUCUAUGUGUCCCUGCACCGCUACGACGACGGGAACUUCUUCCCGGGCAGCGGGGCACCUGAUGAGGUGGGCACGGGGCCGGGCGUGGGCUUCAACGUCAAUAUGGCUUUUGCUGGUGGCCUCGACCCCCCCAUGGGAGACACGGAGUACCUGGCAGCCUUCAGAACGGUGGUCAUGCCGAUUGCAACCGAGUUUGCUCCAGAUGUGGUGCUGGUGUCAUCAGGCUUCGACGCUGUAGAGGGCCACCCCACACCUCUUGGGGGCUACAACCUGUCUGCCAAGUGUUUCGGGUACCUGACGAAGCAGCUGAUGGGCCUGGCCGGUGGCCGGAUUGUGCUGGCCCUCGAGGGAGGCCACGACCUGACCGCCAUCUGCGACGCCUCUGAAGCCUGUGUUUCUGCUUUGCUGGGAAACGAGCUCGAUCCUCUCCCAGAAAAGGUUUUACAGCAAAGACCCAAUGCCAAUGCUGUGCGGUCCAUGGAGAAAGUCGUAGAAAUCCACAGCAAGUACUGGCGCUGCCUGCAGCGCGCGUCCCCCACGCUGGGGCACUCCCUGAUCGAGGCUCAGAAGCGCGAGAAGGAAGAAGCCGAGACAGUCACCGCCAUGGCCUCGCUGUCUGUGGGCGUGAAGCCUGCUGAGAAGAGACCCGACGAGGAGCCCAUGGAAGAGGAGCCGCCCCUGUAGCAUCUCCCUCGGUGCUGCUGUUCUCCUGUUUGUCUGUCUGUCUUGAAGCUCAGCCGAGACCCUUGCCCGUGUCACGCCUGCGCCUGCCGUGGUGCUCUCUCACGGUACAGGGACACCCGGCGUGCAGCAGCAGCAGCAGCGGGGAGCCUUUCUGCCACCCCAGGCCCACAGGUCUCAAGACGCACAUGCACGUCUGGGCGUGGCAGCAUCACGCGGAACACGGGACAGACGCCGGCGACGAGCAGACGCACGGACCGCGGAAGCCAAGCCAAGCACACUCUGGCGGGUCCCGCGAGGGAAGCCGCGGAGGAAAGAAGCCUGUGGCAGCUUGUGCCCAAUUUAGUUGACAUGAGGAAAAGAAAAUAAAAAUCAAAGAUCUAAUAACACAAAACAAACUUGAUUAAAACUGGUGCUUAAAGUUUGAUUAUCAUCCACGAUUCCACAGUCUCCGUGUAAACCACUCGACUCAUCUUGUAGCUUUUUUUUUUAAGAGAAAGUUUUCUAUGGCUCUGGCCUGCCUCUGUGAACCGUAGCAGGGCGGUGGGGGCUCGCAGCUGGGAGAGGGACAGAGUGGACGGACCUCUGAAGAAACAAACCGGACAAAAAGAGAUGUGAGCCUGGGGGCGUCGGCUUGAGUUUCUCAAAGCCAUCGGAAGAUGCAAGUUUGUGCCUUUUUUUUAAUUGCUCUGGUGGAUUUUUGUGGCUGGGUUUUCUGAAGUCUGAGGAACAAUGCCUUAAGAAAAAAUAAACAGCAGGAGUGGUUGGGCCAGCCUCCCGUGGCUGGUCGAGGCUGGCAGUGCCCGGUGCCUGGGCCGGCCUGAGCUACACGGCAGGCCCUGCCGCCGUCUCCGAGGGGCUGUGGCCCAGCUGUCCUCGUUUUGCUUUAUUGCUGUUUAAGAAAAAUGGAGGUAGUUCCAAAACAGUGGCAGAUACUGUUGGGGGUUUUAAAGUCCAACAAAUUUUAAACAAAUCCAAAGUGUUCUUUUCUCAUACGUCACCUAGCAAUCGAGCAUCUGCAUUUGGCUGUAAGCAUGUCGUAGGCACACCUGCAGUGUUGCGAUCGGAAUGCUUUUUAUUAAAAGCAAGUAGCAUGAAGUAUUGCGUAAAUCUUAGAUAUAAAUAAAUACAUGUAUAAUAUAUAUUCCAAUGUAUUCCAAGCUAAGAAACUUGAUUCUUAUGAAAUCUUGAUAAAAUAUUUAUAAUGCAUUUAUAGAAAAAAUAUAUAUAUAAUAAAUGCAGAUUGUGAAGGUCCCUGGCGAAUGGAUGACUUGCGCAUUAGCUCUAAAGGUGCUUAUGGAAAGGGAUCUAGACUGACACGUAUUUUGAGCUCCAGAUUGGCCGGCUUUCAGAUCGCCAACACGUUCGCCACUGAGCAACUACCCUACAAGUUUGUACUUUAAUUUUAAUUAUUUUCUAACAAAACCCCUUCCGUCUCCAAGCCUCCGUGCACAUAUGUACCUAAUGAGUUUUUAUAGCCAAGAGUAUAAAUUUGUGUUGAUUUUUUGUAUGAAUUUUUCACAAAAAGACCCUGAAUAAGAAUUGUUUUGUGAAUUUUACAUUUUUCCUCACCAUUUAGCAGUUUUCUGAAUGGUAACAAUGUCUGAACCUUUUUUCUUUCUAAUUUCUUGCUUGUACCUUUUUUUUUUUUAACUUUCAAAGGUUUGUUUCUAUUAUUUUUGCUUUUGUUUACUUUUGUACAGUGAGCGGUUUUCUGCAGAGCACGGAACUGUUGCCGUCAGUUUAUUUUCAGAAAGUGCACAUCGUGUGGGAAGAGGGGCGUGUGGUCUUUUCAGAGUGACAUCAGUGACCAUGUCUUUCCCAGUUCUGUCCCAGGAGCUGCGCGAGGAAGCCCAGGGGCUCUUACCUUCAGCACUAGUGGUGUUACCAGGGUGGUGUGUCAUCCCCUCGUGGCAAGCGUGAGGAGGGUCCAGCCUCUGGCACUCUUGCCAGACCCCGUGGGCAGUCAGCAUUAAUGACACUCAUGUUUAAAUUUCUCUGGCCACGUGUCAAGAUAGGAUUCUAACUUCAGUGUCCAAAGACCUUUCCAGCAUGUCAGCAACGCACGGGGCAUAAGUGAGGCUCUUCCCCCAUUCUGGGUUUUCCACGGCAGCCACACAGCCGGGGCUCUGGCUGGAAGCAGCUAGCCCUGGAUUUUGGAACCUGUGCCUGCCAGGAACUGAGGGGCCCUUGCUGCCUGUCGAGCCUGCAGGAGAGUGCAGAUUCCUGACCAGGACAGCCUGUCUUUGCUCUUUUUCUCUGUGACAGUAACUAACAGUCACUUUUUACUGGUAACUGAUUCUCCAGCACUUGAAACCACCAAUUUCAUUCCAAAGUUUAUCAAGUUGAAGCUUGUGGGCGGAAGUUCAGACACACCAUGCUCAGGAGGGACCCCACGCCCCGUUUCUGAGUGUGUUUACAGGGUAGGCUCUGAAAGAGAUACUGGCUCAGCCAGACUUUUGUCUGAGACAGUGGUUUCAGCACAGGACAGAGAGGUCUUGGGACUUGUUUCUUUCCCCUCCCUACUGGCUACUGUUUCCUCCCAAGCCCGAGUAGGCGCCAGAGCUGGCAUGUAGGGGCCAGCUCGUCCCAUUACCCACGCGAGGCUCGGUGGCACUUCUGGCCCCCUGGGCCCCGUUCCCCACAGGGCCCUACAGAGACCCACCCCGCCCUCUCAGGCUGCCAUGGCACACAGGGAGGGACACAUCAUCUCACUUUUACAGAUGAGGGGACAGCGUGGACACGCGGUGGCCAGGUUAUCACUGGAGGGCCUCAUUCUAAUGGCCCCGAGGGGAGCCGGCCUGUGUGCAGCCUGGCGGGGCAAGCGUGCUCGCCCUGCAGCUCGCUCCAGCUUCACAGACGUGCUGCAAGCGUCACCGUGUAGCCUUUUCUUUUCCCUGAAGACACACUCAGCCUUCGCCGCGGCCAGCGGCCAGGCAGAGGGGCUGUGGCCAGGACCGCACCAGGGAGGUCCUUUCAUGCGCUUCCCUCUCAGGUCCUUGGACCUUUAGCCUUUUUCUUCCUUUGCAAAGGCCUUGGGGACCCUGGCCAGGGAGUCAGUGAGCACUUUAUAUCCCUUCGUGGGAGACCCCGAUGACGCCACCGGGACUCGUGGUGUCCACCUUGGCCUGCGGCUUCCAGCUGCGCCACCACGUGCCCAUGCCCACCAGCAGGCCACCGUCCCAGGAGGCCGCGCUCGCUGGGACCGGCCGCCCCUCCCCGGCGUCCCGUGUCUGGUGCGGGAGGGCCACUUUGUCAAAGUGUUUCUGUUUUUCUUUACUUCUUUUAAAGAUCUGUUUCCAAGAGGAAGGACCUUUUUGUGAUGGUCUGACACAAAAGCAAGUCUGGUUUUUUGCAGCAGCAGCAGCAGCGAUGGCCUUUGUUGUUCUUGUUUUUGAUCAGAACAUUCCUCCUUUGCUGGUCACGGCCACGUGGUCAUUCCAUUGUUCUUUUUGUAGACUUCGGGCCCACGAGUUUCACGGGCAUUGAUACAUAUAUAAAUAUAUAGAUAUAAAUAUAUAUGAAUAUAUUUUUUUAAGUUUCCUACACCUGGAGGUUGCAUGGACUGUACGACGGCAUGUCUUUACAUUGUACACAGAUUUUGCACGCCAAACUUGGCAGCUUUGGGGAAGAAGAAAAAUGCCUUUUUUUCCCCCUCUCAUGAUAUUUGCAGAUACAAAAGAUGGGAAUUUUUCUGUAAAACAAAACAAAACCUUGAAGGAGAGGAGCGGGGGAGUAGGCAUCUUAUUGAAUUUAUUACUAAGAAAUUGUACUUUUUAUUGUAAGAAAAAUGAGGACUACUUAAACAUUUGUCAUAUUAAGAAAAAAAGUUUAUCUAGCACUUGUGACAUACCAAUAAUAGGGUUUAUUGUAUUUAUGUGGAAACAGUGUUUUAGGGAAACUACGCAGAAUUCAGAGUGAACUGCCCGUCUCUCUCGAGUUGAUUUGGAGGAGUUUUGUUUUGUUUGUUUUGUUUUGUUUCCUUUUAUCUUCCGCAGGGCCAGGCGAGCGCCGCCCGCUGUCCCUGGCCUUGGGACCGUUUAUCUGAUUGAGAACCGGGUGGGCUCGGAAGAGCCCCCUUUUCCGCACAGCUGUGUUGACUUUUUAAUUACUUUUAGAUGAUGUGUGGCUAAGAUUUCACUUUAAACUAAGCAGUCGUGAACUGUGCGAGCACUGUGGUUUAAGAUUCUAUUUGCAUCGAAAGGAAGCCAUUUCUUCACUGUAAUGAAGCCGAGCCCCUCUCUGCUCGGCCUCCCUUGUCUCUGACAUUGAUUAAAAGUCUCCUAUUGAAAGCAAAAGAAAGCGAACAGUUUUUGUUUGUUUUUUUGGUGUGUGUGCUCCAUAGUGGAGGCGCUAUUUCCCAGUUUAUGAGGAUGACAAACUCAUAUGAUAUAUACACAUAAAGGGGGGCUGAACCAUGUGCACCCAAGAGCUCACGACAGACACGUGGUAGAGAGCAGUCGUGAUGUCAUAGCCUCCUCGAUGCCUGUCCGCGCCCAGCGUGGGCUCCGCACGGGUCGCCACUACCAGUUCCUUCUGUAAUUUAAUCUGUUUUCUCUUGGAUUGUCUGGACCUUUCCAGUGGUUCUUUUUUGGCUCAGUGGAGUUGGAGGUUUCGGUUUUCUCAUUCUUGUUUCGUGUGGGUGGAUUUUCAUCGACCAGCAGUGUCGUCCUCUGACGGUCAGUUUCUAUUUCCACUUCACCAGAGUCCAGUAUUUGUACCCACCUGCACUUGUUACUCUUGUGGUGUAAAUAAAGACUGCGUUAAUUGCCCUCCCA